AUGAGUGAACAUCCAGUCCGAGCCUAUAGGCCUCUUGCGCCUCGCACUGAGCCGGCCGCGGAAGGAGAUGAAGGUGGGAGUCCUAAUGGGAGCGCACCCGAAGAGAGACGUAUGAGACGAGUGUCGACGGCUUGUAGAGAGUGUCAACGACGCCGGACCAGGUGCUCCGGCGCCCCUCAAUGCAGUGAAUGUCGAAUUCACAACCGCGAUUGCGUGUUCGAUGAAGCCGCCGAUAGACGCCGCAAGGCCUCCGCCAGAAGGACCCAAGACCAACUGGACCAUUACCGGGCUCUCGUGGACGAUCUUCUUGGAAUCAUCCGAGAACGCGAUGGCCAAACCGUGCAAUCAAUUAUCGAUAUCAUCCGAUCGGGAGCAGAACUAGUUGUAAUACGUGACAUGCUCACCAAUAUCUUGGAGAAGGAUCUUGGUCGACUGGACAGCAACUCGCAUGCGCGCAAUUCAAAUGUGUACCUGCAGAUCGGUUCCAAUUCGCGCCCCAAUAACAGCUCCAAUAACUUAGACGCCAAUAACGUGGGGAAUUAUUUGAACCCCAAUUCGAUCUGA